AUACCAAUUCAUAAGGAAGGGGAUUUUAAUGAUAAACACAUUGUUAUCACUGUGGAUAUAAACAGAAAACCAAAAAGUUUCACAACCAUAUUGUUAUUUCAUUUAAAACUUUUUGUGCAUUUGAUCGGGAAACUAAGUGUUAAAUAUUUUUGAAUUCAGGAUUAUUAUUUACCGAAUUGUUACAGACGUUAGUGAAGGAUAGAUCCGAUUUAAUGUGUAAUUCUGAGUCAUGGACCGCUUCGACAUUGGACAAGGAGAGUUCGUCCAUCCUAGAGAACGACCGACCUUGACAUUCGAGGAGGGCUCAUACACAUUACCGGAGUUACUCGAGUCGCACCUGCUGCCCGUGGUAGCACAGUACGAUAGCACGUGCCAGCCGAUACCCUUCCACGAGUUCAACUUUGACCUUUCACAGCCUCUGCUGCUUUACAAGAAGAGGAACAUACAGAAAGUAGUGGCAAGGUCUCUGCAUAUUGAGGACGAGAAAUACAACGAGGUCGGAGAAUCCCUUCUUAUACCGGAGGAUUAUAAAGGUUGGUUCGCCGUUUUGCAAAGAAUUACUGGCAAUAUCAAAGCAGACGACACCGUCCCUCACUUCACAACAGUUGAAGAAGUUGCCAACUCAAAUACAGACCGAUUUCUGAUUGGUGGAACUAAGAAGAUCAAUGGUCUUCAGCUUCUGGACAGAUCUGACUCUCAACUUAAGCACGAACAGCGUCAUUUUCUCCCAGGCGACAUACUAACGAAAGAAAAGAUCUACUAUGGCGAGACCAAAAAGAGGACAAGGUUAUUUAGAAAACCGAAAUACAUUACAGAGAAAUUUCUCAUGUGCAGAGAUGAGUCGGAUCGUGAAAUUCUUCUUCCUUUUGAGCAGACGGGAAUCUUUUACCAGAUUUCGCAUAAAAGUGGAAAAGCAAACAAACAAGUGAUGCAGAUGAGUGACAUUGUGGCGCGAAAACUUACACCGAGAAUCGUUAAACUAGUGUUCGGUCGAUUUCCGGUGACACCGUGUUCUUUUACCGGUUUAAUGAGGGCAGAAUCGUCCAAGAUAGAGACCUCGAUAAUUGCUUCUACUCUGAUCAACACGAAGAACAUUCUCAUGGAAAUUCCAGUGUCGUCUGCUAUACGUUUUCGUGUUGCUGUUAUGAAAAAUGAGUUGAGAACAAACGCUUGCUACAGAAACGCUAUGAGCAUAUGCGCUGAAAGAGCCAUAACAUACAUGAGAAAUAUCAAAGUGUGCUAUAAUUUCACCAUGGAUGAUGAUGACGACGAGUACUGGACCAGAAAAGAGUUCAGCAUCGACCCACAGUCUCCAAAUGCCAGCAGCUUCAUGAACAACAACAACAACAUUCAAACCUUGAAGACUUUCAAACAGAAUGAUGGCGGUAAUGAAAACUCUGCCUCCGAAAACCUCGAUUCUAUAACCGAUAUUCUAAGAAGCCAUCGUGAAACGGGUGUCGAAGGUAGAAACGAGGGACGACGAGGAUUUUCAGUAGAUAUUCCCGACGACGUUACAGUCAGGCCAGGAAGAUGCAUGUCCACCAGUCGCGUCAGUUUUUGCCUUGGUAACAAUUACCUGACUGUACCGGUGUUCGAAUCUGGCCUCAAUACUAAAAGGGACUCGGGCAACAACAACACUAUCCAUGACAAAACAUAUACAACAAGGCGCGGAUCGCGACUCUCAUUUAACGGCACAUUCUUUGAAGAAGUCGAAGAAGAAAAUUUGAACGAAGAUACAAGUAUAGACAAUGAAGAAAAGAUUGAUAUCCCUCCACCAAUUCCUUGUACGAACAUCAGCUCGUAUGUCAACAUGGUUGCACCUCCACAAAUUACUACGGGUGCGGAAGUCCCUGAUUAUAUACCCGCUUCCGGUAUCCGACGUCCGAGCACUCAGGCACCGGAUAUGGCGCCACCGCCAUUACCGAGGUCAUCCAGUACAAGCGGUGUAUCGUCUGGCUCAUUAUCUUCUGUCAGUGACGAAACUCUCUCAAAGCGCGAAUCUUCAGACUCAUUUGAGUAUGCUGUACCCAAAAUACAAGAUCCAAAAAACAUUUUAUCAGAUCCGUCAGAAGCAGCGAAAGUAUCAAGCAGUAGCGCUCAAAAUAAGCAAGAGAAGCCAUUGCAACGUAGACCUUCGACUUUCACAUUUUCAGAGGGAUGCCUUAAUCAGUCUGGGCCAGGUUUCAAAUUUCCAACUUGUGAGGCUAUCCGUGAUAUUGACGAAACUACCAUCGAUGACGGAAGUCCAGUCUAUGAAAAUAUUCAGACUUUGAUGGAACUUGUUUCCAAACUAGAAACUGACAAAAAAUCAGCCACGUGUGAAAGUUCGACCAAUGAAAAGCUAGAAAAUCCAGCAACGGAUGAUGUGGACGAUAGUAGUGGAAUCACGGAAAACCUGACAACUGGUGACGAUUCAGACGGAAUGGGGUGUUCCAAAGUAAGUGAACCUUUAGAAACUGCUGAUGAUAAGCAUGACAUUUUCAGUGACAAUAAAGUUUGCACCGACAAUGCCUUGGACUUAAAUUUUGAAUCGUGUGAAUCUAAUGAAGAAAACGAUACUGAAAUAGAAGAGACUGAGAAGAUAGACGAAGAAACGGUUGUUAAAACAUGGGUUAGGCGUAUUGGUGUCACUGAGAUAGAAACAGAUGUUGAUAUUAUUGAGCAUUGUAAUGAUGGAAAUACUGAAGUCGAAACAUUUCAAAAUAGUAGUUUUUACAGUGAUGUUAUUGAAUGCAACGAAACAAAAGAACCCGAUGUUGAUUUUGAUGAAAGUGAACCAAAAGACAAAUAUCGCGAAGAACUAUCAAACGUAAACAUCGAAAUAGUUGAUGAUGGGGUGAAUACAGACGACGGAAACUCUGACGAAAAAUUAUCUAUUGAUAAAACUAUUGAACACGUAUCAGAUGAUUCGACUAAAGAAUCGUUACAUAUUCCGUCAGAAAACGAUGAACACUCUCAAGGAAUGUGUAGUUGGAAGUUUGCUAUUGAGAAAAUGAAGAACUCUAAUGAAUAUGUGACAUCUAAAGGAAAGAUACGAGCACUCGAAAAGCCAUUCCAUUGCCUUGACGUUGACGAAAUUGCGGAAGAGUUGUUUAGUAUAGGAAUUAAGGAAGGAACAAUAGAGCACCUAAAGCAAAUGGGAGUUGAUGGCGCUAAACUGUCAGAGGUGCUAGACGGAGAAUUAAGUAUAAGGGAUUGUCUAGGUGGAGUGAAUUUGGUCGAUCAGCAAAAAAUAUCCAUGUUUAUUAGAGGUUGGAGACCAAAUACUGAAUGACGUAUAAAAAGUGUCUCUUGACUGUAAAUGAGCCUGAGUGCAUAAAAAUCGUAUCUAAGUUCAAAAAAUGGAAAAAACCUUACAUUGAAUGUCAAAGCAGUUAACCACUUUGUGCCGAGGUGACGGUAUGUGAGUUCUUCAAAUUUGGAAAUGCGGGUUAAAUGACAGUGGGCUAUGAACUGAGACAGUAUAUUAUGAUAUGAAUGUAUUUUAAUACUAUUUUAUCAUUUUUAAUGCUUUUAAAUGGAUUAGUGUCGCCACCGAUGAUAUAUUUGUCAUUUUAACAUAUAGAUUUUUGUGUCCGUAGUUACAUGAGAGAACAUUUGAUACUGAUUUUCAUAGUUCCAGUCAUACUAUGCUUAAUAUGCUUUUUAACAUUCUGUAUAAAUUGUUUUUUUCAUGCAUAUUCCUCUGUACAUAUGCCAUUGAAUUUCAAUAAAGAUACAUGUAAAUGAUA